AUGGAUCUACAAAUCUACAACCUCAAAGGGGUCCUCAGAGCAGUCCUACAAACGGAAAGAGCCAUGGAAGUGAAAGAAGUACUUGUGAAAGAUGACAGGCUCCCAGCUGAGCGAGCAUUGGGAAUCAUGUGGGAUGUAGAGAAUGACGAACUUAAAGUCCGAAUUCAGAUCCCAACGAAGCCACAAACGAAGCGAGGUCUCCUGAGUAUGGUCAGCUCCAUAUACGACCCAUUAAGACUCAUCUCUCCGAGCACCAUACGAGCCAAAACCAUAUUCCAGGACGAAUUCAGGCAAGGCAGUGGGUGGGAUGAGCAAAUGACCGAACACCACAGAGCCGAUUGGUGGCAGUGGCUAAAUGAUCUUCCCCACUUUUCUGAAGUAAGUAUCCCUCGAUGUUACCACCCUGAAUGCGCAAAUCCAAUAACUAUGGUACAACUGCACCACUUCUGUGACGCCUCCCAGCAAGCAUACGGGGCUGUAUCCUACCUCAGGAUCACAAGUGGAGAAGGAGCCCACUCUACCUCCUUUGUGUGUAGUAGAGCCAAGCUAGCUCCUCUGAAACAGCAAACCAUACCUCGGCUCGAGCUAUGUGCAACAGUGUUGGCGGCCAAAGCAGACAAACAACUGAGAGAAGAACUAGAGUUGCAGAUCGACAGAUCAGUGUUUUGGACAGACAGCAUGGUCACCCUUCAAUACAUAAGAAACACUGAACGGCGCUUCCAUACCUUUGUGGCAUACCAAAUUGCAAAGAUACAUAAGAAAUGA